AUGGAGGCUACUAGAGUCCGUGGCACGUGGGACUGCCACCCUUCAGUCCAGGACGCCAGACGCCAGAGGCUCCAACAGGAGAGGAGGACCCUGCAGAGCAACCUGGUCACCCCCAUGCCCCAGCAGCUUCUCUGGCCAAGGUCACCCCACCCUGGACAGGAGGAGCAGCAAAGCUCAGACUCCUCUGACCAGGGUUCCUGUCCCCCUGCAGCCAGCCUACCUCCCACACUUGGUGGAGAAGAACUCUGGAUAUCUCCAUUCUCCAGCUGUGGAAUCUUUUCCCAGCCUUGUCCGCACUCAGGGGCAGCUGCCCAUCCAUCUCUGGCAGCUGGGGCCCUAGAUAGGGGAGAGCACUUACGCACCUGUCCUCAGGAAUAUACAUGCUGUACCACAGAAAUGGAAGACAAGUUGAGCCAACAAAGCAAACUCGAGUUUGAAAACCUUGUGGAAGAGACAAGCCAUUUUGUGCGUACCACUUUUGUGUCACGGCACAAGAAGUUUGACGAGUUUUUCCGGGAGCUUCUGGAGAAUGCAGAGAAGUCUCUAAAUGACAUGUUCGUCCGGACGUACGGGAUGCUGUACAUGCAGAAUUCGGAGGUGUUCCAGGACCUCUUCACAGAGCUGAAGCGAUACUACACCGGGGGCAACGUGAACCUGGAGGAGAUGCUCAAUGACUUCUGGGCGCGGCUCCUGGAGCGGAUGUUCCAGCUGAUCAACCCUCAGUACCACUUCAGCGAGGACUACCUGGAGUGCGUGAGCAAAUACACCGACCAGCUGAAGCCCUUUGGGGACGUGCCCAGGAAACUGAAGAUUCAGGUGACACGCGCCUUCAUUGCCGCCCGCACCUUCGUCCAGGGACUGACCGUGGGCAGAGAAGUUGCGAACCGAGUUUCCAAG